UGCAACGAAACACAUGGUCCUAAACCCAGCCCAAGAAUGCUCCCGCAACUUUGACCAUAAAAACCAAUCGUUUUCUGAUUUUUUUAAAUUAGGUUGAUAAAAACAUAGAUUAGAUCACAAGUAAACAGCCGUCGACGAGCAUGGCGGGGACGGCGACGGCGGAGGAGACGCUGCGUACGUAUUACGGGGAGGCUGCCGCCAAGGCCACCCUGGCGCGCAACAUCCUCGCCCCCGUCGCCGGCCGGCUGGGCGGCCACCCGUCGGAGCUCCACCGCCGCUGCAUGCUGGUCCGCCGCCUCUACUGGGCCACCGGCACGGCGGACCUGGCCGAGCUCUUCUCGGCGUUCGGGCGCGUCGAGGCGAUCGCCCUCUCCGUCCCCAUGCGCACGGCCGUCGUCGUCUUCGAGACCGUCGCCGGGUGGGCGGCGGCGGCGGCGGCGACCCUGAGCGGCUGCUGCGACACCGUGCCUGCCCUCUACUUCGGCCCUCCCCUCGUCUUCGUCGACUGCAGAUACACCAUGGUCUUGCUCCACCCCAAGAAGCCUGCGGCGAGAGGGAGGGAAGGCGUGCCGAUCAUGUCGUCGGUCGGAGCGUUGGACGGCGGCGAACCGGUGAAACCCACGACGGCGAGUCGGCGAGGCCGUGGUAUCUAUGACGGCGGCAGCUACACCCACUGGACCGCAAGACGGACUCCGACGACGAGUACUUCCGUCCGUCCAGUCGAAGCACCGAUCUCGACCAAUGAACUGCGUCCGUAUCCGCAUUCAUGGUUUGAAAAAUGACUUCCAAGAGCAUUUCCAAAGACUUAUUUAGAUUUCAUCAUCUAUAUUAUUAUUUAGAUUAACAUUUAAAAUAAAUCCUCUGCAUCACUCCAACAAAAUAUCCUUAUCACAUCAUCUAUAUAUAUUUUAUUUUGAUGUUACUCUCUUCUCUUUCGAUUGAAUGUUGAGAUAUGUAUCGAGCAGAGAGAACAUUAAUAUUUUGAGUUGAUGGGAUAGAUAACCUGCUGUAAUCUUUUUUUUCACAUCAUCAAUUUUUAGAAUUGGUGAUAGGAUAGAUGAUAUCUUGUCUCGAUUAAUUUCAUUUGGUUGUCUGAUAUGUGUUUUUCUUUACAUAGCAUAUUAUCUAUGUGAUG